GACGAUCAGGUUUAUUUUCAAAUUGAAACAUUAAUUUCACCGUAUGAAUACGGUAUAAAGUGCCUAUUGCCAACCGCUAAUCUGAUAUUUCCUGUAUUUUAAUUAAUUUUGCAGAUUUUUUAAAAUGAUAAAUGUUAUUGUCCCUUAUCAAAUUAGCCAACUGUCGUCCUGUAAGCUGUAGUGUUUAAAGCUGAAGUUGGACGAACUUUUACCAUUCUGACUGCGGUAGUGAAGAUCAGACAACGGAUGAAAGAAAAUGAAGUUUCUACGUGUUCUGAUUCUAGUCUUACUUUCGUUACAUAUCUCAGAGGGCAUUGAUCGGUAUUAUGACUGCGAUGUGUACACCACUUCGGACCCCAACCCUUAUUUAACCCUCAAACCGGGCUAUGACGACAAAAUCUGCAUUCAGGACUUCUCCGAUGGGUUGUUUUAUUGUAAGUGGUGGACAUGCCAGGCUCCACCCUGUUCACGUGACCAGGAAUUACGCUCCUCCUACAACAAAUGCCCUUACUGCGAAGGUACCUGUAGCAAUGGCGGAGAGAUACACGACGUAGGGACUUCUUUUCCAUGUGCGGAUGGAUAUAACACCUGUCGAUGCGCUAAGACUGGUGUCGUGAUGACGAGCUACGCCAUGACUAACAAAGUCGCUCUCUGUGGUGCGCCAAUUGAAAUAUAAACAUUUUAUAUCAAUGUCCAUAUGGUAUGACUAUAUUGGCGGAUCAUGGAAAUUUUGCAAUGAAGAGUUGCCACCAAAGGUUCUACUUUUUCGUCAAAAAGAGGGGGGGGUAAAUGACCUUUUACUGUUUUCAACGGAAGGGGCAGGCGGUAGGGUUCCAGCCUGGAUCUCAUGUAGACCCAUUACUGCACCGUGGCUUUGUAAGAUGCAAAACAUAAUAUAUAAUCUAUAAAACGAUAACAAUAAGCUUUAUAUUCUCCACUUUUAACAAUGUUCAUGAUAUGAUUAAGAUGUACAUGAUUAUGGACUUUUGACUUUUUAUAAUAUUCUAUUUAUCAUAUACUGUACUUUUUAAUGCAAAUAUAGUGUGUACGAAUAGGUUUA